AGUUAACCUAACCUGCAUGUCUUUGGACUGUGGGGGAAACCGGAGCACCCGGAGGAAACCCACGCGGACACGGGGAGAACAUGCAAACUCCGCAAAGAAAGGCCCUCGCCGGCCCCGGGGCUCGAACCCAGGACCUUCUUGCUGUGAGGCGACAGCGCUAACCACUACACCACCGUGCCGCCCUUAUUAAAAAUCAAAAUGUAAAAUAUAUGUAUACACGUGUGCACACCCUUUGAUAUGACACCCAAAAGUGAGCAGAGGUGUAUUUUGUUUCCACUGAUACUGCUUGAGAUGUUUCUACAACUUAAUUGGAGCUCACCUGUGGUAAAUUCAAUUAAUUGGACAUGACUGGGGCUUGCCAACACCUGCCUAUAUGAGGUCCCACAGUUGCCAGUGCAUGUUAGAGCAAACUCCAAGCCAUGGGGUCAAAGGAAUUAUCUACAGACCUCAGAAACAGGAUCGUGUCAAGGCAUAGACCUGGAGAAGGGUACAGAAAAAUUGCUGCAGCUUUACAGGUCCCAAAGAGCACAGUGGCCACCAUCAUUCGUAAAUGGAAGAAGUUUGGAACCACCAAGAAUCCUCCUAGACCUGGCCGCCUGGCCAAACUGAGCGAUUGGGGAAAACAGGCUUUGGCCAAGGAGGUGAGCAGGAACCCGAGGGUCACUCUGACAGAGCUCCAGUGUAUCCUUGUGGAGAUGGGAGAACCUUUCAGAAGAUCAACCAUCCAGGCAGCACUCCACAAAUCAGGCCUUUAUGGUAGAGUGGCCAGACGGAAGACACUCCUUAGUAAAAGGCACAUGACCGCCCGCUUGGAGUUUGCCAAAAGGCACCUAGAGGGCUCUCAAACCAUGAGAAACAAGAUUCUCUGGUCUGAUGAAACCAAAAUUGAACGUUUUGGCCUGAACACCAAGCGUCACAUCUGGAGGAAACCAGGCACCACUCAUCACCUGGCUAAUGCCAUCCUUUACAGUGAAGCAUGGCGGUGGCAGCAUCAUGAUGUGGGGAUGUUUUUCAGCAGCAGGAACGGAGUGACUAGUCCUGAUGGAGGGAAAGAUGAAUGCAGCAAAGUACACGGAGAUCCUUGAAGAAAACCUGCUCCAGAGCGCUCUGGACCUCAGACUGGGGCGAAGGUUUACCUUUCAACAUGACAAUGACCCGAAGCACACAGCCAAGAGAACAAAGGAGUGGCUUCGGAGAAAGCCUGUGAAUGUCCUUGAGUGGCCCAGCCAGAGCCCAGACCUGAAUCCAAUUGAACAUCUGUGGAAGGAGCUGAAAAUGGCUGUAUACCGAUGCUCCCCAUCCAACCUGACAGAACUUGCAAGGAUAUACCAAGAGGAAUGGGCAAAAAUGUCCAGAAACAAGUGUGCCAAGCUCAUAGCUUCUUUCUCAAGAUGCCUUGAAGCUGUAAUUGCUGCCAAAGGUGCAUCAACCAAGUAUGGCUAAGGGGUUCAAUAUGACAUCGGUCCACCCUUUGCAGCUAGAACAGCUUCAACUCUUCUGGGAAGGCUGUCCACAAGGUUUAGGAGUGUGUUUAUGGGAAUUUUUGACCAUUCUUCCAGAAGCGCAUUUGUGAGGUCACACACUGAUGUUGGACGAGAAGGCCUGGCUCUCAGUCUCCGCUCUAAUUCAUCCCAAAGGUGUUCUAUCGGGUUGAGGUCAGGACUCUGUGCAGGCCAGUCAAGUUCAUCCACACCAGACUCUGUCAUCCAUGUCUUUAUGGACCUUGCUUUGUGCACUGGUGCACAGUCAUGUUGGAAGAGGAAGGGGCCAGCUCCAAACUGUAAAAACAGUCUGCAUGCCUAGCUGCUUGAUUUUGU